CGGUGCUGGAUCGUCCAGAGUGCCGAUGAGGUGGCGAUUGACCUGAAAAACAAUGUGUCCUCUCUACGUGGCCUCUCUCCUCGCACGGUUGAUUUCACCACAAUGUACACCAACCUUCCUCAUGACCGCAUUUUGAAUAAUGUGGCAAAGGCUGUUGAUGAAGCUCAUGCUUAUGCUCUUCAGCAUACCCGCAUGUAUUCGCGCUGCAGAGCCUUGAACAUGUUUAUUCACGGGCCUUGCUCUGGCCAAUGGACAACUAAUUCAGGACCAGACAACCUUUCCGUUUCUCAGAUUCUCCAACAUCUUCGCUUUGUUGUAGAAAACACUUUUCUGUACACUAGAGAUGGCACUCUUCGAAAGCAAAUCAUUGGUAUUCCAAUGGGAACAAAUGCUGGCCCAGAAAUCUCCAAUCUAACGAUCUAUUGGGAUGAAGCACGCUUUAUUGAUGACAUUCGUCAACAUGAUCCCCAAGCUGCUCAGCGAUACGCCUUCACUUACCGCCUCAUUGAUGAUGUUCUUUCAUGGGCGCAAUUACCUCCUCCUUCAGAGCACUAUCUUGAGUGGAAGGAAAUUACGGCUACAGAUGGCUCGUGUACCUUUUUAGGUAUGCAUCUACGAGUACGUUCUGAUGGUUCGCUUCGCAUGAGCGUGUUUGAUAAAGCGGCUGCUUGGGAUUUCCCUGUUAUUCGCUAUCCAAGUGCUACCUCCAACAUCCCUUCCCAUCAACCGGCAGUUCCCACUGUUGCGGUUCCCACCGCCGUCGCUUCCACCGCUGUGGUCUCCACUGCUGUAGUUUCUACUGCUGUUGUUUCAACUCCGGGUUUCACUUCAGCAGCUUCUGCUACGGAAGUUGCCUCCGCUGCUCGGCCUGUCACUGCUUGUUCAUCUGCUGCUAAUGCAGUUCCCUUUGUUGCGGUUCCCACCGCCGCCGCUUCCAUUGUUGUGGUCUCCACUGCUGCAGUUUCUACUGCUGCUGCCGCUCUGGUCUCCACUGCUGCAGUUUCUACUGCUGCUGUUUCAACUCCGGGUUUCACUCCAGCAGUUUUUGCUACGGAAGUUGCCUCCGCUGCGGUCCCUGCUACGGAAGUUGCCUCUGCUGCGGUUCCUACUACAACAGUUGUCUCUGCUGCGGUUCCACUUUUUACCACUUCCUCUGCUUCUCAUUGGCACACCAGUCUGAUCUCCUGCCAGAGCAUGCAAUUGCUGUGGUCCUUGAAGCGAACACGGCAUAGAUUGCAGUCGGCACUUGGAUGGAGUGCCGUCCACUGCUUCUUUUCAAAACUGUCGGAUCGUACCAGUGCCACAUUCCCAAGACAGUGCAGGGUGAGUUGUGGAGCGCCUGUGGCGGCUGCCAGGGAGUUGAAGCAGCUGGCUGGGGCCACCCGCUGUUUGAGAACGGCGGGGGGGGUAGCGGAGAGAUUCAUGGCUCUGUCUGGAGAUGGGAAGGUGUCGAAGGUCCUGGUGGUCGGCGAUGUCAUGCUUGGGCGGCUUGUGGAUCAGCUAUUUCCCACACAUAACUACGACCCUGCGGAUGAAGGACUGGGAGUAAUCCUGGUGCGAAGGGAUAAAGAGUCCCUGAAGCAGCUGAAAGAAAUGGGCCCUUACUUGUACGUUUGGGGGGACACGCUUGCACUGUUUCACAGCGUAGAUCUUCGAUUGGUCAAUCUGGAAACGAGCGUGACGACGAGUUCUGAAGAGUGGCCCGAGCAAGCUUUCAACUUCAGAAUGCACCCCGCAAAUGUUCGCACACUCAAAGAAGCCAGCAUCGAUUACUGUUCGCUGGCAAACAACCACAUCCUGGACUUCCAGGUGUCCGGCAUGCGAGAGACCAUGCGGACAUUGACAGAAGCGGGCAUAAAGUUUGCGGGGUGUGGAGAGAAUCUUGACCAGGCGUCCUCGCCAGCCUAUCUUCAGUUAGGAAACAAGAAGGUUGCAUGCCUUAGUGCAGCAGACCACUUCGAUUACUGGGCGGCGGGUUCCGAUCGACCGGGGAUCCAAUACAUUGAUCCGAGGAAUGCGACCGAAGAUGAUCUACUCAGAGUUCAGGCCAAGGCUGAGGAAGCAAGGAGGAAUGGAGCCGAUAUGGUGUUCAUGUCGUUCCACUGGGGACCAAACUGGUCGUGGGAACCCAGCGGUGCCAUAAAAACACUUGCUCAUCAGCUUGUGGAUCGAUGUGGCAUCAAUCUUAUCCAUGGACACUCGGCGCAUCAUGUUCAGGGGGUGGAGAUAUACAAAGGAACACCCAUCAUCUAUGGAUGUGGAGACUUCAUCGAUGACUACGCUGUUGAUCGAAACAUGCGGAAUGAUCUUGGGUGUGCAUUUGUCCUUGUCUCCACUGAAGAUGGUGGCGAGAGCAGAGAGCCGCGUGGCUGGAGCUGGUCUCAUAUGGAGCUCUAUCCUACAAAGAUUCACAACCUCGCUGUGACUCAGAAGCUGACAAAUGCAGAACGGAAAUGGGUCGUAGCAAAGAUGACUGAGCUUAGUGCUGUCUAUGGCACUGAAGUGUUAGAUGUCGAUGGGAAGAUGCUGAUCCCAAUCAAGCCCAUUCAAAAGAGUGAGUGAGCCGAAACGUUGGUCGCUGCAUCAACCAGUGUUCAAAAGAGUGAAUGAGCCGAAACGUUGGUCGCUGCAUCAACCAGUGGCAAGAAGGGACAAUAAGACCUAAAAUGUGUCAUUGGUCCAUUGGAUGCAUUCACUUGGUCCUAGUGAGAUAACACACUACAUCUUGAUUGGCGAAUGGAAGUUUCAACAACUGAUAAUAGAGGGCCGCACUGAGAGAGCGGACUAGAGCUAGCAAUAGAUUCCUUCCUGGAGGCCAAGGGGGUCAGGAAGCCAUUGUAGGGGAUAAGAGGUCUGUGCAGGGGGAUACAACCAUUGCCAUCUUAGGAUAAUAGUCUUGCGCACGCCCCUCUUUCUCGCUGUGUGUGUGUGUGUGUGUGUGUGUGUGUGUGUGUGUGUGUGUGUGUGUGUGUGUGUGUGUUAAGGAGGUAAAUGCGUCGUGGGGAAGGUAUUAGCUGAAUUUGCAAGUACCCGGUCGGAUUUGUAAAUAGUAAAUGCACAUUGUAUCG